AUGGCGUCUAAAACUUUAGCUGAACAGAUUGACAGUGAUUUCUUGACCUGCAAGAUUUGCGAUGGUCGUUUGAAUCAACCAAAGCAGUUACCAUGUUUGCACUCCUUCUGUAAGGCGUGUAUCUCACAGUGGUUAGGAGAUUCUCGUGAAGCGACAAGCUACCAGUGUCCUGUUUGUAGACUACCAUGGGCGUUGCCGACAAAGGGACUUCAAGACUUGCCGGAUAACACAUUUAUUAACAAUUUGCGUGACGUCAUCGAUGCCGAGAAAGCUUCUAUUGGAGAAGGUGAGCUAAUAUGUAGCUGCUGUGAUAAAACAGCGUGUAAACGCUGUGUGAACUGUGCUCAGUUCCUGUGUAAUGAUUGUGUGAAAUCCCAUGCCAAGCUCAGCUACACUCGUAACCAUCACAUCGUAACAAUUGAACAAUUUUGCAUCAACGAUAAUGGUGCUAUCCGGCCUGACCGACCCAUGUGUCUUAAACAUAACAGUGAAAUUGAGUUAUAUUGUCAGACAUGUCAAUUACCGAUAUGCUAUAGAUGCACAUUGUUUGAACAUCGAGUUCCGGGCCACAAUCAUAUGUAUCUCAAAGACGCUACAGUACAGCACAUUGGCGGUCUACGACGACUUAUGGCGAAGGUCAAAUUAAAACUGUCGAUGUUAAGAAUUGGACACGUAGCAGUAACAGAGCUUAGCAGCGAACUGCAUCAAAAUGAAGAAGCUGCAAAGAAAGAGAUCGAAACACAUGCAGCAAACAUUGUAGAAAAAGUUAAAAAAGAGGCUAACAGGCUUUGCGGGGAUGUUAGGCGAAAAUGUCUGGCAAAGGAGAGUGUGCUGAAGAUGCAAGAGAAUGAACUCUCCUCAGUGAUUAGGCAAAUAGAUACAGCCUGUGUAUAUUGUGAUAACAUGGUAAAACAUGGCACUGAAGUCGAGAUAUUAUUGGCUAAACAAAAAAUGGAAGAUAGAUUAGUGCAAUUGAUUUCAAUAGAAAACAAUUAUGAACCAGAAGAAAACAGCCACCUUCAGUUCGUUCCUAACACUAAUUUCUCCCGUGGUUUUAUUGGAACCGUGUUGUCUAGCUCGGUGCCAGUGAAUAUUCUGAGAUCUCAGCAACCUACUACCUGUAUGAAUGGUGUCGAUGAGAUCGCUAGUCAAUUCGGUAAUAACUGCUCAUACGUAGAAUUAGAGAAGGAGUACAGAGGCUGUGUGACUCCUGACAGCGAACUCGCAAACAUUGCAGUGAAUUCAGACGGAGACAUCGUUGUAACCGACCCUGAAGGCCACCGUGUAGUGAUUUACGACAGUAAAUUAACUUUAAAAAAGGAAAUAAGAUUUAAACAGUUUAGUUCCCACUUCAGCCCGUGUGGUGUAUCUUUUUCAAAGGAUGGUAAACUCGUUAUUUCAGACACGCCUAACAGCCAAAUCGUCAUCACUGAUAUCGAAGGCAAUAUAAUUAGUUGCCAUAGUAAUGAGAAGAUUAAAUAUCCCGAAGGGUUGGUAGUAUGUCCGGAUGGUCAAGUGCACGUGAUCGACAGGGGGACUCUGGGUAAACAUUGUAUUCAUACUGUAACUUUGGACGGACAACAUAUUCGAACACUAAUUGGUAAAGAGCUCGAACGAGGAGAAUUUGAGUUUCCUUCAUCCGUUGCAAUAAAUAGCAACAAAGAUGUGAUCCUCGCAGACAGUGGAAACGAUCGCGUUCUUGUCUUUGAUGCUACGUUUUCGUACCAGUUCGCAUUCGGUUGUUAUGGCGACAGGGACGGCCAAUUUAGUUGGGUAACUGGCAUUGCCGUUGAUGGUGAAGGAAACAUAUAUGUAUGCGACAGUAACAAUCGUCGGAUCCAAGUAUUUUGUUCUGAUGGCAAGUUUCUCUACUGUGUUGUGACUACGUCAGACGGAUUAAUCGAUCCACGCGGUAUCUGUAUUACACAGGAUAAUCCACAGAAGCUAAUUGUAUUAGACGCUAACACCUUAAAAAUAUUCAAGAUGAAAAACGCCCCCAGUCAUGAAAAGAUUCAACAGACGGAGAGUGAGUGCUUGGACAACACUACGUUUACAAGUGAGCUUACAAGCCAGAUGACUUCUACGAUCAGUCAAACCACUGACGAUACGGAAUCUGUGUACAGCGAUCGGACGACGACCAGUGGUGAUAGCAAAGAAUUUGACAACCUGGGGGAGGUGCUGCAGCAAGAUGACAUCACUAUGUUGUAG